AUGGAAACACGUGACCAGGAAAUCCCUUUCAGUAAAUGGCCAGACCCCUUGAAAAGGUUAGGAAGGAUAUUCUCCCAGAUAAAUGCCAACUUGACGUUUAUACUAUCGCAUUCCCGGUCAACAAUUCCAACAUAUGAAUAUUUUCAGAAGCUUGUACCGGACCUUACAAUAUUUGAUCUAGCUUCUAUUAAAUACUUCUUACCACCGGGAGACGUGUUUUUUGACUAUGUGGACAAAGAGGAUCUUUUGGCAAAUGAAAAAGUCGGAUAUACAAAAGAACAGGGGUACAAUAUGAAACAACCAGAUACCAUAGAUAAGCUAUACGAGGAUAUUAAGAAUGCAAAUGAAAAUGGGUCCAGCCAAAUACUACUUUUUACAUUCGAUGACAUGAAAGUCGAUAAUAUAGGAGCUCUUUCAAACUCCAGACGGGCACCGUGGAAAAGAACUAACACUGAAUCUAAUUCUUUUUUCAAUCAUAGAGAUCUCAUCACUCAGAAACUCACCCAGCCCCAAUUAUCUGGAAUAAUAAAUACUAGAAACGCCAAGUUCCAAGCUGGCGUAAGCCAUUUCGUGCAAGAAGUUGGAACCAAUACAGAGGAGCUUCUCGUCCUUGACAAGCUUAAUGCUGACGUGGUCCUGUUUGUACCUUCAGAACCAGAUUUAGAAGACCCUGUUCAAAAGAUGACGAAGAGACAACGGCUAGAGAACACGAGCGUAUCUGAACUGCUCGAUUCACAAGGAAUGGUGGAUAUCUUGAAAAACAGCUCUAUUUACAAAGAUCAAAUUGAAUUUGAGGCUACAUUCACAGAAGCUAGACCAGCCACCUUCAAACCAUUUGACCUAGAAAUGUAUGAUAUCCAUCCGGCUUUAGCAUAUGGAGUGAAAAAAUAUAAGGGAAUUGAUAUGGAAACCAUGCUCUAUAGCCACCAGACCGAGGCUUUGGAACAUAUAUUGGAUUAUACCAAGACUCAUGUCAUUACCAGCACAUCUACAAGUUCAGGGAAAUCUUUGAUAUACCAAAUACCAAUUUUGAACAGCAUAUUGUGGGACAUGGAAAAUGGUAAUACGAACCAUAGGGCAAGCACGGCAAUAUUCAUAUUUCCCACCAAGGCUUUGGCCCAAGACCAAAAAAAACAUCUUGAGGACUUGAUCAAACACAUACCCAUGCCGAAAAAUGGCAGUAUCCGUGUAGACACCUACGAUGGAGAUACAGAUACAAAGACUAAAGGAACUAUUAGGAGGUUUGCAAAUAUAAUCUUUACAAAUCCAGAUACAAUACAUGCAUCCAUUCUACCAAACCACGAAGGAAUGAGUUACUCUGACUCUAGUGGGGGAUGGCAGUACUUCUUACAUGCCCUUAAGUUUAUUGUGGUUGAUGAGAUCCAUGUUUACAAAGGGACCUUUGGAAUAAAUGUAAGUUUUGUUAUGGCUCGUCUCCUAAGAGUUCUAAGCCACUCCUCAUCAUCACACCAGGUGAAAUUCAUCUCUUCAUCAGCAACAGUAUUGAACCCUGAAUCACAUUUUCGAGUUGUUUGUGCAAUUUCACCAGAAGACAAUGUUGUUCAUAUAUCUAAUGAUGGAAGUGCCUGUUGUGAAAAAAAGUUUUUGAUAUGGAAUCCACCUCCUCUAAUGAACAAAAGAGUAAACAACAUCACAGAGCUGGCUAGAGUGUUGCUUCUGUUGUUAGGAGGAUCCAAAUUUAUCAAAGUAAUUGUUUUCUGUCCCAUACGACAAGUUUGUGAACUUCUCAUGAAGCAGAUUAGAAGUCUACUUAUUACAUCUGAAUAUGCAGACUUGGGAAUCAAGGAAGGUGAUAUAAUGGCUUAUAGAGGAGGAUACUCCAAGACUGACAGGCGAAAUAUUGAGCAGAAAAUGUUCAAUGGUGAAGUACGAGCUUUAGUGGCUACUAAUGCUUUAGAGUUAGGUGUUGAUUUAUCUGAUCUCGAUGUGGUCAUAACAUGCUCUUUUCCGGUGCUGAAACUGAAUAUGCAUCAGCAAUUUGGUAGAGCUGGAAGAGGUAGAAAUGCCAAAGGGAGUUUGGCCAUAUUUGUUGCUGGGGCAAUACCGGUAGACCUGUAUUACGUUAAGCACCCUGAAGAACUACUAGACAAAUCCACAUAUGAAGACUUGUGUGUUGAAUCAUUGAUUGGAGUAGGAAUGCAUAAGCUCAUCAUGGAGAAUCAUUUACAAUGUGCAGCGUUUGAACUACCGAUCGAUAUCGAUCAGGAUGCAAAAUGGUUUUGCAACUAUGAAAGUACUCCCAAGAAGGUGCAGAUUUUUAGGACUGCUUGUGCAGAGAAGUUAAACCAAGAUAAGCUUCACAGGUACAGAACUAGUCCUGACUAUCUACCAUGGCCAGCUUCUAAGGUAGCUAUCAGAGCAGUAGAACUGCCCGCCUAUGCCGUGGUGGAUAUAACUAAUGGAAGGAACAUAGUCAUAGAAGAAGUUGAAGAAUCCAGGACUUCGUUUACACUCUAUGAGGGUGGUAUUUUCUUACAUCAAGGGUUACCCUAUUUAGUAAAAGACUUCAACUCUGACAAGAAGUAUGCCAAAGUACAAAGAGUAACAGUUGACUGGGUCACCUCUCAAAGGGAUUUUACGGAUGUUGAUCCACAUAUAAUCGAAUACAUAAGAUGUCUCAAAAGUCCUAUGAGAGAAGUUUCAGACAUUCCUGCCUAUUUUGGUACUAUAGAAAUCACAACUAUUGUGUUUGGGUUUUUCAAAGUGAACAAGAAAAACGAAAUAAUAGAAGCAGUUGAAGUUAAAAACCCUCCUGUCAGGUACAAAUCAAAAGGGUUUUGGUUGGAUAUACCAAAGCCAGUUCUCGAUGCUAUUGUGGAGAAAUCUCUAUCACCAGCGGGUGGGAUCCACGCUGCUCAACAUUGUCUCAUGAAUAUUCUCCCUCUUUAUAUUAGUGGAUCCGCUACCGAGUUGUUGACAGAAUGUAAGGCACCGGAAAAAGAGUUUGCUAGGAGGCAAACAAAGAGAAAGAGGCCUGCCAGGUUGAUAUUCUACGAUUCAAAAGGAGGUCCUUCUGGUUCUGGUGUUUCUGCCAAAGCUUUUGAGUACAUCGACGAGAUUCUAUUGGCAGCUUAUGAUAGAGUCAAGGAUUGUGACUGUGAAUGGGGGUGCCCCAAAUGUGUCACUGCCAGCUUCUGCAAAGAAGGAAUGACUGUGAUGUCUAAGCCAGCAGCUUAUAUCAUAUUAGGAAGUUUGGUAGGUAGAGAGUUGAGUGAAUUGGUCCAAGAAGUCCCAGAUGGGCCCGAACUAAACAUGCCAGAAAUUCUGGUUGAAACUGUUCAACCAGCUAGUAGUGUUGUGAAGAUGGCUAAAGAUGUGGAGAUAGUAGAGAUAAAACGAGCCACCAAGCCCUUAAAACCGAUCAAAAAAGAAUAAACAGAUGUUUUGUUAUAGCUAUCAUACAAUCAUAGAUUAUAUACCUACUAUUUUUUACUUUGAACUUCUCCUCCCUGUUAGAAUUGAGGCCCUUUUGCUUAAUCGUCUAGCUAAUCCAUUUUUCUUUGAAUCAUCAGAGAGCCCUGAAGGAGUGGAAUCGAAAGAGCUUUGUCUAAUAAUAGACUUCUUCCGAGAUAUGGCAUCAGCUGAAACAUUAAACUUUCUAGAGGAAUAUAUUUUUCCUUCUUCGGGAAGGGCCAAGUUAUCGGUAGAAGUGGCACGUGAAGAGCGGGCUGAAUUGUCUGCUGAAUUUUUUGAAGGCCUUCUUGGUUGCAAUGCUUGAGAAUGUGGUAGAGUCCUUGAUUUUGAGAGCCUGAAAACAAGAGCAAUUGGCUUAAGAUAAAUAGAAGCUAAGGUACCAAUAUUCAACUCUAAUUCUUCCAAAACAGCUGGAUUGAUAUUUUCAUUUUCUGAAUCGAUACGUGGAUUUUCAUUGAAAACAACUUGCUUGGCCACCAGUUGGAAACCACCAUUUACAUCACUUCCAGACUCAGAAGAUAUUAAUCUCCAGUAAAAGAAUCCUCUUUCUCGGAUGUCAGGAUUGUUGACUUCUUCUGUUGCCCACUUAAGCACUGCUAAUACCGAACGUUCAAACUUUUCUGGGUAAUGCAAAUAUAAUUUUGUGGUAGCAGUUAAUGUUGCGAGUUGAACUUCAAGAGGUUCAUCCUUAUACGACUGGAUCAAAGUCGUAUAACCCUCUUCAAUAUCUUCAAUAAGAUGAUGAUACUGGCCAUACAUCCAAAUCAUAGCAGCUUUUGCAUCACUUUCCUCCAUUAACUUAUAGUAUUUAGCCAUCUCGGUAAUGGCAUAGUCGAAGUCACCUGGAUAUCUUCGAACAAUGUUCUUUAUCACCACCACUGCUUCUUGAACUAUAU